CAAGAGAGAAGUAGAACACCGUGGCGCUUUUCUUGAAAACAUAACAGUACUAAAUUCUGAAUUACAGCUUUUGUGACAAUGCCUCUGUCCACGCAGUCGCAGGCUGAUGAUGAGCAAUACGUGUUAGUAGCCAGUUUGGAUAAUGCCCGCAAUCUCUCCAACAUACUGAAAGCUAUCACCUUCAAAGAUCAUGCCAUCUUUAACGCUACACCCAACGGCUUGAAGGUCACCGUGGAGGACUCCAAGUGUCUGCAAGCCAAUGCUUUCAUUCAGGCUGAGAUCUUUCAAGAGUUCACCAUAAAAGAAGAUGUGGUGGGUUUCCAGGUCAAUCUCACUGUUCUGUUGGACUGUCUCAAUAUCUUUGGAGGAAGCACAGUGCCAGGAGUAUCAACAGCCUUGCGGAUGUGCUACAGAGGAUAUGGUUAUCCCCUGACCUUGUUCCUGGAGGAGGGUGGUGUGGUGACUGUGUGUAAGAUCAACACACAAGAACCAGAGGAGCCCAUUGACUUUGAGUUCUGCAGCGCCAACGUCACUAACAAGGUGAUCCUACUGUCAGAGAGCCUAAAAGAACCCUUCUCUGAACUGGAUAUGACCAGUGAGGUGCUCCAGAUCACCAUGUCCCCAAGCCAGCCCUACUUUAGGCUGUCAACUUUUGGGAAUUCUGGAAAUGCUCAUUAUGAUUAUCCCAAAGACUCAGAGAUGAUGGAGCUGUUUCGGUGCAACAAAACACAAACCAACAGGUAUAAGAUGUCCCUGCUGAAGCCUUCCACCAAAGCCCUGGCUUUGUCCAGUAAAGUGUCUGUGAGGACAGACAGCAGGGGUUUCCUCUCUCUGCAGUACCUGGUCAGGAACGAUGAUGGACAGAUUUGCUUCGUAGAAUAUUACUGUUGUCCUGAUGAGGAGGUGGAGUGAUCACAAAGCACAUCCAUUAACCCUCCUUUUAAAUAAGCACUUCAGAAGAGCCCAGAUGCUUUGACCAAGAAUAAGAAGACUAAGGACAUAGCACAGCCAGUGAAUUGCACACGGGAAUAAAAAGCAGGAUGAUUUGUUGGCAAAAUGGACCCAGUGAGAAAGUUUGCAUUGUUUUAACAACCUGUUCAUAAUUUGCCAUAUGCUGACAUUGAAGUGCAACAUUACCGGAUAUAUAGCAAUGUCACCUGUCUGGUCUUUCAGUGGGUGUGUUACUAUGGAGACCCAGCUACUUUCAGUUGAUUUCACUGCCUGUAACUGGAGCAUGUAGCUUAGAUUUAUCUGCAUAUGCAUUACUACUCUGCUAUAAUGUGCCCCUGUUGAAUUGUGUAUGCUGACACCUUUCAAGACUUGAAAUAGACAUGAUACCGACAAAAGGUU